AUGGCCUCCGGAGUGGGCGCGGCCUUCGAGGAGCUGCCGCACGACGGCACGUGUGACGAGUGUGAGCCAGACGAGGCCCCCGGGGCCGAGCAAGUGUGCCGAGAGUGCGCCUUCUGCUACUGCCACCGCCACGCCGAGGCGCACAGGCAGAAGUUCCCCAGCCACCACCUGGCCCAGUACGUCCACGGCGCCGCCCCGGCCUGGACCGCGGACGCCCCCGCGCAGGGCGACGCGAAGGCAGAUGCCCAGGCCAAAGUGGAGAAUGAGAGGGAUGUAGAGAGCGAGGUGGGGGAGGAGAGCGAGUCCGAGGAAGACAGUGAAUCCGAAGAAGAGAGCGAGACGGAGGAAGAGAGUGAGGAUGAGAGCGAUGAAGACAGUGAAGACGACAGUGAGGAAGAGAUGGAGGAUGAGCAAGAGAGCGAAGCAGAGGAAGACAACCAAGAAGGAGAAUCUGAGGCCGAGGGAGAAACGGAGGCAGAAAGCGAAUUUGACCCAGAAAUAGAAAUGGAAGCGGAGAGAGUGGCCAAGAGGAAGUGUCCGGACCAUGGGCUCGAUUUGAGCACCUAUUGCCAGGAAGAUAAGCAGCUUAUCUGUGUCCUGUGUCCGGUCAUUGGGACUCACCAGGGCCACCAGCUCUCCACUCUAGAUGAAGCCUUCGAGGAACUAAGAAGCAAAGACUCUGGCGGACUGAAGGCGGCUAUGAUUGAGUUGGUGGAAAGGUUAAAGUUCAAGAGCUCAGAUCCUAAAGUAACCCGGGACCAGAUGAAGGUGUUUAUACAGCAGGAAUUUAAGAAAGUUCAGAAAGUGAUUGCUGAUGAGGAGCAGAAGGCCCUUCAUCUAGUGGACAUCCAGGAAGCAAUGGCUACCGCUCAUGUGACUGAGAUACUGGCAGACAUCCAGUCCCACAUGGAUAGGUUGAUGACUCAGAUGGCCCAAGCCAAGGAACAACAUGAUACCUCUAAUGAAUCAGCUGAGCCAAAGGCGGAGGUAAAGGAGAAUGCCUAUAAUUAUUCGUAG